AUCCCGAAAGGAUAAGGCUCGAGCAAGGUUACAACUGAGCGAAACACCCUCGUGUUAGGGUUUGAGAACGAGUGAGGCAGAGAAGAGGGCUUGCUAUCCUGACCAGAAGCUCAAGGACUCCAGAGGCACUUGACCGGAGGGAUGAACCUGCAAAGAAGAAGAAGAUGAUCGGAGGGUGGAGAUUAGAUCUCGUGAGCGAAGUGAACAGAGAGCGUUCGAUCAAAGAAGCGCGAAGCGUCGAAACUUUGAUUUUCUGCAAUGUUAAUGAUUCCAGCGUUUUAAUGGUGCUUUUAACUCGUUUAUACCUGGGGGAAAUGAUUGCUGCGCAUAAACGGCUGAAAGAGCAGAGUCAAAUCCUGUUUAUCCCAGGUUGCGAUGAUGCAGGUCCUUCUACUGGUCUUCCUGCUCUACCAAGAACUCCAAAACACAUACCCAAUGCCAUAUUUUCAAGCAACUCUUGCAAUCAGACAAAAGCCAUAAACUACAAUUUUAGAGGACAAAUUACAAGCUAAUUUUUUUGAAUAAAGAGUCAAUAUAGUGGACAUGCUGUUGACCGGCUUUAGUUUCUCCCACUUUACAUUACAUAAACCGUUGAUAAGAGAUCCCCUGCCUAAUUUCAUCCAGCAGAAACCUAAUGAUAUUAUUGUGUCAUGGAGAAUUUGUAUACAAAUUUUUCAUGACACCAUGGUAACAUAGGGUUUUUGCUGCGUGAAAUUACACUGGAGAUCUCUCAUCAAUGGUCAAUGGUAAGGUGGGAGAAACUGAAGCUGGAAUCAAAUUGUUCAGUAAUGCAUUAUUGACUCUUUAUUCAAAGAUAAAUGUCCGUAAUGUAGUUACUUAUAGCACUGUAGUUUAUGAUUUAUGAACUCUAUUCAAAGAUAAAUGUCCAAAUGGUUGUGAUUUGUAUUCCAAAAGAAGCUUAUGUUGAAAUGGUCGAGGAAUUUAUCAUAGUAUAGUUACCUAUACCACUGUAGGCUUUUGAUUGAUGAAUAUCUUACAAGAAACCUGAAAGAAAUGCAAUGUUUUGUUUGUGUA